AUGAAGGUGAUCGAAAUUGUGAAAUAUAUUAUACUGUUCGCCGGUCUUGCUUCCUCGUUGAAACUUGAGAUCCCGGCAACUCUGCACAGUCCGCCUCCAAAAUGUGUGCGUGAAUUUGUCUCCGAUGGACAACUUGUUGUGGUCAACAUUAACACCGACGGAUAUGUGGGCGACGGCCAAGUUUUAACGCUGCGUAUUGUUGAUUCCGAAGGCAACGAGUAUCGUAAGAAGAGAGACGUGGCUGGUAAUUUCCGCGCAGCGUUCACGUCGCAAUCGUCAUCGUCGUUCGACAUCUGUUUCGAGAACCACUUGCAAAAUAGACAGAAAGAGGGUCAAUUGUCGCGUGAGAUUGAGCUCGAGGUUGAGGCGGGUGCUGCUGCUAGAGAUUGGAACGCUAUCCAGGCAGUUGAGAAGCUCAAGCCGGCAGAGGUCCAGUUCCGCAAGAUUGAGGAAAUGGUCGACGAAAUCAGCGAGGAAUUGCAAUACUUGGUGAGAAGAGAGGAGAGAUUGAGAGACACCAACGAGAGUACCAACAGACGCGUGAGAAACUUCAGCGUUCUUAUCAUUUUCGUGCUCAUAGGAGUCGGCUUGUGGCAAGUGCACUAUCUGAGAAACUACUUCAGAUCCAAGCAUAUUUUGUAG